AUGGACAUUUUUAGAGUUUUAAGUAGGGGAGCAUCGUUAAACAAGUCGAAAGACUACAAGUCAGACUUUACAGCUCCAGACAAGGAAAAAUCUGCAAAAGAUGUGAAAUCUAACAAAGACUUAAGUGAUCAAGUUGAAAAAGAGCUAGAUUUCUUUCAUACUAAACAACACAAGGCGAUAAAAAACGCCAAUAAGAGUAAUGCUGAGAGUUCCAGUGAAAGUGACGGAGAAAAUGAUCAGGAAGAUGGUCCCGGGGAAAAUAAACCUAAAACAAAGUUGGUGGCACGGAUCACAACCAAGGAGGAGGCUAUGGAUUUAAGACAGAAGUAUGGAUCCAAAGUCACAGGUAGUGACAUUCCGUUGCCUAUUGGCUCAUUUGAGGAUUUGAUAAGUAGAUUCAAGCUCUCCAAGAAAUUGCUUGAAAACCUAGUUGCAAACAAUUUCACUGAUCCAACACCAAUCCAAAGUGAGGCAAUUCCAUGUUCUCUAUUUGGAAGGGAUCUGAUUGCCUGUGCGCCAACUGGUUCCGGUAAGACGUUGGCGUUUCUUAUCCCAUUAGUACAGAACAUACUCAAUAUGAAUAAGAAAGUUGAUGAUAAAGAUAAGGUACUGAGGGGGUUGGUUGUUUCCCCAACAAAAGAAUUGGCACAGCAAAUCAACCAACAAUUAAAUAAAAUCACACAGGGCUUAAACAUCAAUACUGGGUAUUUAAACAAAUCACUUGCUUCUAAAUAUCGUGAUCAUGCAGUUAAGGCUUCAAAAUUUGACAUCAUUGUAACUACUCCUCUUAGAUUGAUUGAAUUGGUAAAAAACGACCUAUUGGACUUAUCGACCGUCAAACAUUUGGUCUUUGAUGAAGCAGAUUCCCUUUUCCAGUCUGAUUUCUUGGAACAAACAGAUUCCAUUCUUUCAUCUUUAACAAACCCCGAGUUAGUUAGGUGCAUCUUUUCCGCAACUAUAACCUCGCAUGUUGAACAAAUUGCAAAUACAAUCAUGACCGACCCAAUUCGGGUAAUUAUUGGAUUAAAAGAGGCAGCAAAUGCAAAUAUCGAACAGAAAAUUGUUUAUUGUGGUGAUGAACACGGUAAGUUGGUGGAGAUUCGUAAUAUCAUUAGAAGUGGUGAAUUCAAACCACCUGUAAUCAUUUUCCUACAAAGUAUUGACCGUGCAAAGGCAUUGUUCAAUGAAUUAUUGUACGACGGUUUGAAUGUGGAUGCAAUUCAUGCAGAAAGAACGCAGAAGCAAAGAGAGGAGGCAAUUUCUCGGUUCAAGUCAGGCGAAUUAUGGUGUUUGAUAACGACCGACAUCCUUGCUAGAGGUAUUGACUUCAAAGGCAUCAAUUUGGUAAUUAAUUACGAUGUUCCAAAUUCAACACAGGCUUAUGUGCAUCGUAUUGGUCGUACCGGUAGAGCUGGUAGAACAGGUAAGGCCAUAACUUUUUACACAAAGGAAGACACAGAUAUGAUCAAAAAUGUCGUCAAUGUAAUGCGUGCCAGUGGGCAGCUUGAAGGUAUGCCUCAAUGGAUGAGAGAUGGAAACGCACUAACUAAACUAAGUAAGGAUAGGAGGAAACAGCUCAAACGACAACAGGUGGAAAGGUCCAAAAUCAGUACUGUUCCUCGUGUUUUCAAAAAGAGAAAAUUCAGAAAAUCCUGA